AUGGGUGCCUCUCAGUCGUCGCACAAGCCAGGUGUGGCUGGAGGCACCGCCACCGAUGCGAAUGGCGAUCCUGCCUUUGUCGACUACUACGAGCUUCUCCACAUAGAACAGACGGCCACAUCUGACGAGAUUCGCAAAGCGUACCGCAAACUUGCCCUCAAGCACCAUCCAGACAAGAAUCCGGACAAUGUUGAGCAAGCAAACAAGAUCUUUCACAAGCUGCAAGAGGCGUACGAGAUACUCUCUGAUGACACAGAGCGCGCAUGGUAUGACCAGAACCGAGAGCGCUUGCUCAAUGGCGAGGGGCCGGAUCUCGACGAUGACGAUGUCUUCGAAGCGUUCCGAUCGGGUGCAGCCGAAGCUCCUCAACCGACGAGCUCUGCGCGUGGACUGACAGCCAAGGCACUGCUGCGCUUCUUUGAUCCAAGCCUAGCAAAGGACUUGACCGAAGGCGACAAUGGCUUCUACGCAACCUACCGCCGCCUCUUUGAACGUCUUGCACAAGAGGAGCGGAUAGCAGCGCCAUAUCCGGGAGAGGAAAAAGACAGCACGCUUCCGUCUGCUGAUGCAUAUCCAUCAUUCGGCUACAGUCACACUCCCUACUCGAAUGCAAAGGGCCAGCAAGCUGCAAUUCACCAGACGCCGGUCAAGGACUUUUACAACGUCUUUAUGAACUUUCAGUCGCGCAAGAGCUUUGGAUGGUUCGACAAGUACGAUGUUCGUGACGCACCAGAUCGAAGAGUGAAACGACUCAUGGAGAAAGAGAACAAGCGUGCAAGAGACGCUGCAAGGCGCGAGUACAACGACGCCGUUCGAUCCCUGGCUGCUUUCAUUCGCAAGCGAGAUCCACGAUACAAGAAGUUCCAGGCAGAACUCAACUCCACCGGUCCCGGAUCGACCGCCGAUCUAGCAAGAAGAAAAGCCGAGGCAGAGAAGAUCAGACUGGAGCGAGAGGCACGUGCCCAAUCCUACCAGGCGCAGAGUUGGCAACAGCCCGACUACCACUUUUCCGACGAGGACGACGAGGAAGAAGAGGACGUCAACGAUGAUGACGCUGACAGCGAUUUUGAAAGCGUUCAGAAAGACGGCAGCAGAUCGCUGGCAGGUCAAGAUGGAGCAUUAGACUCACUUGACCACUCCUACGCUGCUUGGGACUGCGUUGCAUGCGACAGGGUUUUCCAAUCCGAGGCUGCUUUUCGCAAUCACGAGCGGAGCGCCAAGCAUAACAAAGCGGUCCAGAAGCUUCAACGUGAAAUGCAAGACGAAGAAGACGAGCUCGGUCUCGGACUUGAUGCAGACGAUAUUGCAAUUGACGCGUCUCUAGCAGACAUGCACCUUGAUGGGAGCAUGGCACAGACCAAGGCAGAUACCAACGUCUCGGCCGGCUUCUCGAUACCCGCCUUUGCUUCAGAGGGAGCAGCAGGCAAGAGCAAGAAGCAGAAGAAGCAGGCCAAGAAGCGUAGACAGAUGGAAGAGGUUGCCGGGCGCACGCUCGACGAAGAUGGUUUUGUGGUGCAAGAUCUGAACAGAAAGCAGGCCAAGCCUCGAGCAAGUGAGGAGGCUUCUCCUGCUAAUGAGCCGUCAAACGAUACCGGGGCGAACAAAGACACUUUGGUCAUACAUGUUGUCGAUGAUGAUGACCAACUCGACGGCGACGCUGAAACAAACGUAUGCGACCAGGUAGGCGCAGGCGAUGAAGAAAGCGUGCCGCCAAAGCCAUCCGCGUCACAAAAGCAUGACGCAGCAAAGUCAAAGACUGGUCCUGACCAAUUGCAAGCAACAGACAAGGGAGCUCUCUCAGGAACCAAAGAUGAUCCUUGGGCCGGUCUCGAAGAUCCCUACAUCCCAAAAUCUGCUUUCUCGGUCAGCCUCCCUCCACCGCUGCCCCCGCUGACUAGGCCUGCUGGCUCUUUUGACAUCUUUGGCUACGGCAGUCUCAUCUUCAAACCGCCCCCUUACGUCAUUGGCGCGACGCCAUGCUACAUCAAAGGCUUUGUUCGGCGGUUCGCACAGCACUCGGUCGACCAUCGAGGCACUCACGAGCGUCCAGGGCGGGUUGUGACACUUGUCAAAGCCUCGGAUUGGCAUCCGCUGCGCAGAGCGGCUAAGGUGGACGAACCAAAGUCACCCGAGGGAGACAUCGUUUGGGGUGUCUCGUUUACGAUUGACCCAGAGCAUGCCCAGGUGGUGAAGCAAUACCUCGACUAUAGAGAAAAGAAUGGAUACAGUGCCAUGUACGUGCCGCUCUACACAAAAUCAAAAGAGCAAGACGGCGCACAGGAAGAGACAGUGCUCAAAAACGCGCUCGUCUAUGUCGGCUUGCCGUCGAAUCCUGCGUUUGUGGGGCCACAGUCACUGGAUGCUCUUGCGCAACGCAUCUACACGUGUGCUGGACCGUCGGGACCGAAUGCAGAGUACUUGCUGAAGCUUGCCAAUGCGGUGCGAGAGCUUGCGCCGCAGUCGGUUGACCAGCAUCUCUUUAGCCUGGAAAAGCGACUGCUUCUGCUUCAGGAGCAGAAAGUGGAUCCAGCCAUGCUCAUUGCUCAGGAAGCCAAGCAGCCGUCUUGCAAAAAGGUGACGACAGAUAGCAUUGAAGAUGAAGAGGACCAACAAGACGCCAGGGGCUGGAAGGGCAAGAAAGGCAGCAAAGGUAAGCUAAGCGGCAAAAGCAAAGAGUGGUGCAACGUGUGCAAAGCAGGGUUCGAGAGUAGAAGCAAGCUCUUCAACCACAUUCGAGAGACGGGUCAUGCCUUGGCAAGCGAGCAGAACGGAUCGGUUAAGAAAGCAAGACGCAAGUAG